GUGGGUUACAAACUAGUAUAAAUAAAUAAAAGUAGAAAACACAAAAAAUGCAUGUGUAUCAUUUUCGGUGUUUAUAUUGCAGUUAAGUUUCCCUCGCCACACACAAGAAUCUCCUUUUUUUAGGAAGCUUUAGGUUCUGGAAAGAAACUAUAUUGAAUAAUAAAAAAGAGGUGAGGGUAUUGAAAAUCGAUCCGGUGUUGAGUCGGUGGAAAAAUGUUUGCGAAAAGAGAUUUGGAAAAUGGAGAGACGGAAACAAGGACCCUUUACCCUACGAUGCUUGAGAGCCCUCAAUUAAGAUGGUCCUUCAUACGUAAAGUUUAUUCCAUCAUUACCUUUCAGUUGCUUCUCACCGUUGCUGUUGCCUCCGUCGUUGUUUUCGUUCCUCCCGUUUCUCAUUUCUUCGUCUCUUCCACUCAAGGAUUGAUUCUUUACAUUGUUCUUAUCUUUGUCCCCUUCAUAACAUUAUGUCCACUUUACUAUUAUCAUCAGAAGCAUCCUCUCAAUUAUUUUCUCCUACUGAUAUUCACCGUCACUUUAGCUAUUCCUAUUGGAUUGACUUGUGCCUUUGUUAGCGGGAAAGUAAUUCUAGAAUCUGUCAUAUUGACUACUGCGGUGGUAUUCAGCCUUACUCUCUACACAUUUUGGGCUGCAAGAAGAGGGCAUGAUUUCAGCUUUUUAGGCCCAUUUCUGUUUGGAGCUUUGUUGGUUCUUAUGAUCUUUGCCCUUAUUCAGAUUCUGUUUCCAUUGGGUAAGUUCUCACAUAUGAUCUAUGGUUGCCUUGCAUCUAUUAUAUUUUGUGGCUACCUUGUCUAUGACACAGACAACCUCAUCAAGAGAUUCACCUAUGAUCAGUACAUUUGGGCUUCUGUUUCCUUGUAUCUAGACAUCAUCAACCUCUUCCUCGCUCUGCUUACUGUUUUUAGAGCUGCUGAAUAAAGUUAAUAAGAUUACUGUAUCAGAUAUGCCUUACCUUUCCAUGUAGUAUUUUUUUUUUUUCUCUCUAUAAAUCAUAAAUCAGGUUGUUUUAUGAAAUUAUAACUAUAGACAAUUCCAUGAAUAUAAUAUAUAACUCAUAGAAAGUUAAUGAAAGUCCAUUUGAGUACUUGAUAUGAUGA